AUGGAGGCGCCCGAAUUAACAGACCAGAUCGUGGCCACGGGCAACGCUAUCCGCGAGCUCAAGGCGGCCAAAGGCGUCCGUAAUGCUGACAAGAUUGCCGGCCAAGUGCAAGAGCUGUUGUCGCUGAAGAAGCAGUACAAGACGCUGACAGGAAACGACUAUGCGCCGCCAGCGACGCCCAGAAAAGCCGAGACGACCGCUGCCUCGGCCGUCGACGGCGGGAUCAAGUCGAAGAGUCAGAUGAAAAAAGAGAGGAAACUGGCCGGUCAGGCGGCCAAGAAGGCGACUGGAAGCUCUGUCAAGACCAACAAGCCGAAAAAGGCCAAGCCUUCGGAGAGUGCCAAGCCGGCUGAGAGUGCAGCGGUGCCGUCGGAUGCUGAUCUGCUGCGGCGGCAGAUGGAGUUCCAGCACCACGUGCUGAGCUCUGGUGCAGCUGGUAGCGCUCAGGUGGUAACGCCCUGGGACGUGGAAGCCGAGGACGGCGUGGAUUAUGACAAGCUGGUGGAGCAAUUUGGCAGUACAAAGAUUCCGUCGGACAUGGUGCAGAAAAUGGAGCGAUUGACGGGCCACAAAGCCCAUCGCUACUUGCGUCGUGGCUACUUUUUCUCACAUCGGGACUUGGACGUGAUUCUUGAGGCCUAUGAAAAGGGCGAAAAGUUCUUCUUGUACACUGGUCGUGGUCCAUCCUCGGGUAGCCUGCACAUGGGACACCUUAUUCCGUUCACGUUUACAGCAUGGCUUCAGAAGGUGUUUGACGUGCCUCUUGUGAUCCAACUCACGAACGAUGAGAAGUUUUUGUUUAAGGAUCAAACGCUCGAGGAGAGCGAGACAAUGGCCUGGGAGAACGCCAAGGACAUCAUCGCGUGCGGGUUUGAUGUAAAGAAAACGUUUAUUUUUGCCAACACGGAAUAUAUCAAGGAGAUGUACCCGCAGAUUCUCAAGGUGCAAAAGUGUGUCACGUAUAAUCAAGUGCGCGGCAUCUUUGGCUUCUCUGGAUCCGACAACAUUGGUAAGUCGGCAUUUCCAGCCAUCCAGGCCGUACCGUCUUUUUCAGAAACGUUUCCUGUGGUGCUCGGCGGGCGCAAAGCGCUGCGUUGCCUCAUUCCACACGCCAUUGACCAGGACCCUUACUUCCGCAUGACGCGUGAUGUGGCCCCACGCAUCGGCUACCUCAAGCCUGCCUCUGUGCACUCCAAGUUCUUUCCUGCUUUGCAGGGUAGCACCACGAAGAUGAGCGCUAGCAAGGCAAGCACCACCAUUUACGUAUCGGACUCACCAGACAACAUUGCCAGCAAGAUCAAGAAGUAUGCCGUCAGCGGCGGCGGCGAGACGAAGGCGGAUCACGAAAAGUACGGCGCCAACUUGGAGGCAGAUAUUCCGUACCAAUAUUUAUCCUUCAUGCUGGAGGAUGACGAGGAGCUUGAGCGUAUCGGCCGCGAGUAUAGCGCAGGCCGUAUGAUGUCAGGCGAGGUGAAACAGAAGCUGAUUGACGUGAUGGCUGCGUAUACGCUGGACUUCCAGAAGCGCCGCGCCGCCAUUACCGAUGAUCUGGUAGCUGAGUUCAUGAGUGUGCGGCCCUUAGACUUUUAG